GGGCGGCGCCGUGUGAUGACGCCACGCGUCGCGCUGACGCACGGCUGAGGCGACCUUCUUUGGGUGCUCGUCCUGGCGCGCCUGUUUUGAAGCUGCCCUGAGUUGGGCGGGUCCCCCCGCGGUCGGACCGCCCGCCUCAGCCGGGACCCCGAGUCCGCGCAGCCCCCCGCGCCCGGGCUUCGCCUCACCCCUGGCCUCCUGAGCUCCGGGCCUGCGACCCCCUCCAGGCCGGGCGUCCUCUUCCGCGAACCCCAGGCCCGCGACCCCAACCGUGCCGGGCGCCGCCUCACCCUCCUAAACCCCGGGCCUGCGAAACCCACCAGGCCGGACCAGUUCCUCCCCUAACGCGGGGCUCGCGGUCCCCGCCGGGGCCCUGCCUCCUCACCAGACCCCGGGAGCCCCCCGGCCAGGUUCCCGUCUCUUGCGCCGGGGCCCUUGGCCCCCACUGGCUCGUGCCCUCAGGGUCUGGUCGCCGGCCCCGUGUGUGGUCCGUUCAGGCCGGCCGUGGGUCCCGGCUCCAGGCACCUGUGCGCGAGGAAGGAGGGCCCCAGCCCCGGGGAUGCCGCCCGGCAAGGUCCUGCAGCCGGUCCUGAAGAUGAAGGUGGACGAGCUGUUCCUGUGCUGGCUCAGCGAGUCCAGCACGCAGGCGAUGCUCCGGGACUGCUUGCGGAGGAUCCAGAUGCCCGCGAGGGCCGAGAGGGGCGCGGGAGACGCUGAGCUGCCGGGGCCCCGGCUCGCAGCCGCUGCCCCCGACCCCGCCUGGAGGCCGCGCGAGUGCGAAGGUCCUGGGGCGCCCGGCCCGACCCCCGCGCCCACCACGCUUCCCGUGGGAGCAGCCUCCAGUGCCCGGAGUGGGCCGCCGGUUCGAGGGCCUCGACGAUCCGGAGGGACGAGAGUAUCAUGCCGAGCUCUUCAGGACCCGGUGGACUGCAGCCCCUCUGAGUACCGGCUCGUCAGCCCCCACAGGAAAGCCUGUUGGAGUUUUGACCGGGGCUGCGCUGAGUCUGUAGAUCAGUCUCGCACCACUAACACCUUAAAAAUGUCGCGGUUCGCGCCCACGAGCUCUGGAUGUGCUGUCUGCCUGCGUCUCAUCAUUUUCCGUCAGCGACGUUGCCUGCGCUCCAGUGCUUUGCCUCCUUGGUGA